AUGGGGACAUUGGAUGGGCGGACUUAUAGGGAGAGGAAGAUGGGUAAAUUGAAUGAUACUAUCCUUCGAAUACCCCCAAAAAAUUAUUUUUCAGACCCAACAGAAUACCCAGUCAUCGUAAAAACACUGUGGCCUAGAGGCCCAUUAAAUGCGCAAGACAACGACCCAUCAAUCCCCCGAAAUCGGUUCGUUCUCAAAAGCAAAAAGAGGCUCUCCUCGGACCAGUCAAGCUUACUAUUAGCUACAGCUUCAACAAUCGACACAUUCCUAACCAAAUUUUUAUCUCAACCCAAGGAUAGAGAGUAUGCCGACCUUUGUGUUUUGCCCGAAUUAACAGAGCAAACAUUGCUAGAUAAUCUCAGAGAUCGCUUUAAAAAUGGCAAAAUCUACACUUAUAUCGGCCCUAUUUUAGUUGCUGUAAACCCCUUCAAUUUUUUACCAAUUUAUAAUCCAAAAUAUUCUCGCCUUUAUUGCCAGAAUCGACGCCUUGGAGCAUUACCUCCACAUGUUUUUGCAAUUGCGGAUGUUACUUAUCACAAUUUGAUCAGAAAUAAGGAAAACCAGGUAGUAGUAAUAUCCGGAGAAUCAGGCUCAGGCAAAACCGAAUCCACCAACUUUUUGCUUCACCACUUAACAGCAUUAAGCCAAAAAGGAACCCAAGGGCAUACAAUUGAACAACAAAUAUUGUCAGCUGGCCCUGUUUUGGAAGCCUUCGGGAAUGCUCUGACUGUUCAGAAUAACAAUAGCAGUCGUUUCGGAAAGUUUAUUCGAGUAAAUUACCGCGAGAACGGGAUGGUGUGUGGGGCAAAUGUGGAAAUUUAUUUGCUUGAAAAAUCGAGAAUAAUUUCCCAGGCAGCGGGGGAACGAAAUUACCACGUUUUUUAUUACCUCUUGGAGGGAAUGACUGAUUCUGAGAGAAAAGACCAUUUACUCCUCAAUGCAAAAGAUUAUUACUAUCUCAAUCAAAACAGCUUCUUCGCAUGCGAAUCCUUGAAUGAAAAACACGAAUUUGAAAGGUUAAAACACUCGAUGACAGCUGUGGGGUUUUCUACUCAAUCCCAACAUAAAAUUUUUGGAACGAUUUCGGCUGUGUUAUUGCUUGGAAAUAUUGAAUAUAAAAAAUUGGUAGUUAAUUAUAUGAGUUUUAAGUUCAAGCUUGAAUUAUUAAAGUUAAGUUGGAAUAUACAAACUUAA